GGAAAUACAAAUACGCAUUACACCAUAUAGGUUAUUUAUAAUAAAAAAACAUAACAUGAACAAAAUGUUGCCGAACAAUAGGCUACACCAGGGCAACACGCAGAGGACGUGGCAUCCACAUUUCCGUCAUCUUAUUAACACACAGCGUCACAUCUGAGGGGGUUGUUCAUGUAUGCAGACCUCUGAGUGUUCAAAAACCCGACUGCCCCUGAAGACAGCGUGCCUCCAUCAGGACCCUGUGGCCACUUCCACGUUAUUUUGGUUCCUCCCGGAGGUUGAACCCUUUACGCAAAAGCUAGACGCCACAAUUAAACUACAAAACACGGCCAUGAAGUUGUCUUUAAUUCGCAGUGCUUGUGGCAGCCUUCGGAUACAUCCAGCCCGUCCAGGAAGCAGGGUCAGCGGCUUUACGCGGAGAUGCCACCCGGUGGGUCCUCUCCACAGCCGGCUGAUUCUCCGGGCUGCAAGCGCCACUAGCAGCGGGGGUACCAACCCCAAAUCAGCCGUCCACUUUGGGAAACAGUCGCGAAAGGAUGAUGGGUUUGAAUGCGACAGUUCUUUGAGUGAGGUGGUUCAGAGCACCAAGGAGGCAAUGGUGGCUCUGCAGAGAAGAAAUUCAACCGUCCAACCUUUGUUAGCGAUAAUACAGGCAGGUGAAGAUGACCGCUUGCUGGAGAUCAAUAAGAAAAUCGCAGGAAGGAUUGGCUUAAACAUCACCCAGAUUUGUCUGGCAAAGGAGUGCAGUGAAGAUGAAAUCGUAGAAGAGUUGUUGAAGCUGAAUGAAGACCCCAGGGUUCACGGAGUCCACCUCAACCUCCCCCCGGCUUCCCUCACCAGUCGAGUGUUGAACACACUCAAACCUGAGAAGGACGUAGAUGGGAUAUCUGAUUUGAAUAUGGGCCGUCUGGUGAGAGGAGACCUAAGUAAAGGCUUUGUGCCACCAACAGCCAGUGCUGUCCUGGAUCUGCUGGAAAAACAUGAUGCUCCUUUGGAAGGGAAAACUGUGUUGCUGGUCGGAGCAGAGGGACCCUUUGGGGUGGCCCUGCAGUGCCUGAUAGAAAGAAGAGGACUGGUAGCUCUCAAGAGUCAUUGGAGCUCCAAGAGCCUUCAGAGUCAAGUGAUGCUGGCUGAUGCUGUGGUCCUAUUAGGAGCUGAGAAUAUGGAUUUCCCACCGACCUGGGUUAAACCAGGGGCUGCUGUCAUCCGCUGUGAGCCCACCCUGGAGACAGAUGAACAUGCCAUUGAGAUGUCUUCAAAGUCUGGGUUAGGAUACCUCGCAGCUGCUUACAGAACACAGAAUGUGGUGCGUAGUUGCAGUAGGUGGCUCCAGGAGCAGCAGUACCAACCCUGGCAUUUGCGCAGCCUCAAACUGCAGCCCCUGACCCCUGUACCAAGUGACAUAGCGAUUUCCAGAGCUCAGACGCCCAAGCCAGUGGACCAGCUGGCUGAGGAGAUUGGCUUGCUGCCAGAAGAGCUUGAAGCCUAUGGCAGGAGCAAAGCUAAGGUCCGACUCUCCCUGUUGGACCGCCUCCACAAACAGCCCGAUGGGAAAUAUGUGCUGGUUGCUGGUAUAACCCCCACUCCACUGGGCGAAGGUAAAAGCACGGUGACCAUUGGUCUGGUCCAGGCCCUCACUGCCCACCUAAAGCUCAACUCCUUUGCCUGUCUCCGGCAGCCUUCCCAGGGACCCACCUUUGGGGUUAAAGGGGGAGCUGCAGGAGGGGGAUAUGCCCAGGUCAUCCCUAUGGAGGAGUUCAAUCUCCAUCUGACUGGUGACAUUCAUGCCAUCACAGCAGCCAACAACCUGGUGGCAGCAGCCAUCGAUGCCAGGAUGCUUCUUGUCCCUAAGCAAUAACGAUCCUUAUACCCAGUCAGACAAGGUGACCGUGCCCUGUUCAGUAGACUGGUUCCUUCAGUGAAUGGAGUCAGAAGAUUUUCACCCAUCCAAAUCUCCAGGCUACAUCGUCUAGGGAUCAAUAAAGUAGAUCCCGCAUCUCUCACACCCCAGGAAGUGAGCACCUUUGUUCGUCUUGACCUUGACCCCUCGAAGAUCACCUGGCAGAGAGUUGUUGACACAAAUGACCGUUUCUUGAGGAAGAUCACAGUCGGACAAGCGAGCACAGAAAAAGGACAGAUAAGAGAGACUGGGUUCGACAUUGCAGUGGCCAGCGAGAUCAUGGCCAUCCUGGCUCUGGCAGACAGCCUGGAGGACAUGAGAAACAGACUGGCGCGCAUGGUGGUGGGCACCAGCCGCUCCGGACAGCCCAUCACCGCAGAGGACCUGGGUGUGAGUGGAGCACUGGCGGUGUUAAUGAAAGAUGCCAUCAAGCCCACGUUGAUGCAGACCCUCGAGGGUACGCCAGUGUUUGUCCAUGCUGGGCCCUUUGCCAACAUCGCCCAUGGCAACUCCUCGGUGCUGGCAGACAAGCUGGCUUUGAAGUUGGUUGGACGGGACGGCUUUGUGGUGACGGAAGCUGGUUUCGGAGCGGACAUCGGGAUGGAGAAGUUCUUCAACAUCAAAUGCCGGGCUUCCGGGCUGAGGCCAAAUGUGGUGGUGCUGGUUGCAACUGUCCGAGCGUUGAAGAUGCACGGCGGUGGCCCAAAUGUGUCCGCUGGAGCACCCCUUCCCAGAGCAUACAUUGAUGAGGAUCUGAGUCUAGUUGCAGGUGGUUGUCGAAGCAAUCUCAGGAAGCAGAUCCAAAUUGCACACCUGUUCGGGGUACCAGUUGUGGUGGCACUCAAUGUCUUUAAGACAGACACCCAGGGAGAGAUUGACCUUGUGUGUCAGUUAGCCAAAGAGUGCGGAGCAUCAGAUGCUGUGCCGUGUCACCACUGGGCACAGGGCGGCCGAGGCUCCUUAGAUUUGGCCCAAGCUGUGAAUGAGGCCGCCAGCAAACCAAGCAACUUCCAGUUCUUGUACAACAUCGAGAUGCCGAUAGUAGAGAAGAUCAGAACAAUCGCACAAAAGGUUUACGGAGCUGAUGACAUUGAGCUGUCUCCAGAGGCCAAGGACAAGAUAGAUUACUACAAUCAACAGGGCUAUGGUUCAUUGCCCAUCUGCAUGGCAAAGACUCACCUGUCCCUGUCCCAUAUGCCUGACAAGAAGGGGGUACCCACUGGAUUCGUUUUGCCUAUCAGAGAUGUCCGUGCCAGCAUUGGGGCUGGUUUCAUCUUCCCACUUGUGGGAACGAUGAGCACCAUGCCUGGCCUGCCAACUCGACCCUGUUUCUACGACAUUGACCUUGAUCCGGUCACAGAGGAGAUCACUGGGCUCUUCUGAGCGUGCUUCAAUUAAAGAACACAUCAUCAUCAUAAAAUAUUCCAUAAAAUGUAUCACUCCAGCCAUCUAAUAGAGCAUCCAUUGUGUCAUUAUAAAUAUUUUACUAGCAGCCAUUGUCUCCAUAACUAGACUGUAUUUCCUCCCUGGAGUUUUUACUUUACAACCUCAUUCACUUAGUGCCAAGGCUCUAGUCUAUGAGGCUACACUCUACUCUCACUAAUACAUACUUUAAAAUCAUCAUCCUGUUUUCAUUUCCAGGAUCCCCUGAUCCAUGCUUGCGACAUCAGACUCAUCCAUCCUCUACAUCUUUUACAGGAAAUGCCUUUUAUCUUCCCAGCAGCCCUCACUCUCUCCAAAACAUGGCAACAUGCUCUGAAAAUAAAGAUUCCUGGAGCAUUAGCUUAAUGCUGUAUUUGCACAUAUGUGUAAUAUGCCAAAGAUGACCUUCUACCACAAUAGCAUGUACUGUAUAUCAGAUAUGCUGUAUGUUUACGCUUUUGACCUCUGUGAAUGUUUUUUUUUCUUGAGUAUGAAAGGGUCAGUUUAAGUCUUAAAACCGUCUUAAAGUUUACUUCAAUGUUGUGUUUUCAUUAAUUUCCUUUUUUAAUUUCCCAAAUGUCUUUAAACGGUGCUGUAUUUGCUUUACAGAGCAUAAGCCUUUCAAAUGAAAUAAGCAGAGCUUGUUUAUUUUUUAACAAAAUGUCUUUUGUACGCACAAAAAGCCAUUAUGGUGUUUAUGUAACUUCUAUUUUCCUAACAUGCUGUUGUAUAAAUCACUACAAGUUACACAAGUAAGAUUCAUUACAUUACAGUCAUUCAUCAGUUCAAUUUCAAUUUUGAAAUAUUGUAACUUUUUAUUGUUUUAGCAAAUGUGAUAUGUCCUGUGAAGUGUUAUUAACAAUUGCAGUUUAUUAACAAUAUGGCAUUUUUAGUGUGAAAUAGCACUUCCACUGUUUUUCGAAUGGUUACUUAACUUCAUAACAGUUUAAUUUUUGUAUUACCUUUUGUGCAGGUGGACUUCAUUUCAGACAUUCACUGUAGAACCUCUUGACGUUUCACAUUUCAUACUUAAGUUGUGGUUUGCAUCCAGACAGCUGAAUGUAACUCUGCUCUUACAGCUGGCCACGGUGAAUCUUGUUUUGAUUAUCAGAUAAUCAAACUAUUGUUGUAGUUGUAUUUUCUUACCAAGUUUCUCUGAAAACAAAUUCAUUAUUGUUCAAAUGUACCACAGUAUUUUAAACAUUUUGUUUCUCAGACAUUGAACACGUGUUUUUCAAAUAAACCUCUUAUU